AUGAUGAAGGUAAAAAUGAAGUUGGAAUACUUCAUCCACAUUCUUUAACAGCUAUUAUAGGACCCUUCAGGAUCAGGAAAAACAACUUUAUUAAAUUUUUUAAGUGGAAGAUUAUUUUCUGAAAAUUUAGCAAUAUCCGGAGAAUUAUUUUUAAAUAAAAGAAAUUUAACAAGUAUAGAAGAAUACUCAAAUUAAAUAGCUUAUGUUAUGUAAGAUGAUAUUUUAUUAUCUACUUUUACACCUAGAGAAUCUUUUUAAUUCGUAUUGUAAUUAAAAAAAAGUAAACUUUCAGAAUAAUAAAGAAACUUAUAAAUUUAAAAUCUAAUAGAAGAAUUAGGCUUAUAGAAAUGCGCCGAUACAUUAAUUGGAGGUGGAUUAAUAAAGGGAAUUUCCGGGGGAGAGAAAAAAAGAACAUCUAUAGGAAUAGAACUAUUAACUGAGCCUAAAAUAAUAUUUUUAGAUGAACCUACAACUGGUUUAGAUUCAUCAACGUCUCUUUAAGUGAUUAAUAUUUUAAAAAAAUUAGCUUAUAAAGGAAUGAAUGUAAUCGCUACAGUACAUUAACCUUCAACAGAUUUAUUUUAUAAUUUCGAUAAUUUACUUCUUUUAGUUUAAGGGAAUAUUAUAUAUUAAGGAAGAACAGAAGAUUCUAUAGAUUUUUUUACUAAAAUAGGUUUCGAAUGUCCCGAAUCAUAUAAUCCAUGUGAUUUUUUUAUGAAAAUAAUGAAUGAAUAAGGUUUUUUAAUGGAAAAAAUGAUUGAAGAUGAUGAUUAAUAAUUAGCUCUUGAUGAAGAUUAAAUAAAAUGUUAAUUUUAGGAAAGAUUAAAUUUAUUAAAAUAAAAUUACGAAAAAUAAGAUAAAAGUGAAUAUUAUAAUUAAUAAAAUAUAGAAGAAUCUGCUUAAAUUUUAAGUAUAUAUAAAGAAAGCUCUUUUUGGGUAUAAUUUAUUUUAAUUUCAAAGCGGUUUUUUAUUAAUAUUCUAAGGGCGAAAAUGUCUUUGAAAUUGUAGUUUUUUUAGUUGAUUUUAUUUAGUUUUUUAUUUAUUAUUGCUUAUUAUAAUAUUAGAAAUAUCAAUCCUGAUACUUAGCCUUUGAUCUAUUUCAUUAAUAUUAGAGGAGCUUCGUAUUUUAUGGUCAAUGCUUUUGCUUUUUAAUCUGUUUCGUAAAGUAUAUUUACUUUCAAUUCUUAAAAAAGUCUUUAUAUAAGAGAAAAAGCGACUAAUUUAUAUAGAGUAAGUGCUUUUUUUUGGGGGAAAUGCUUAUCUGAGUUUUCUUUUUAGAUUAUUUUUCCAAUUCUUUUUGUGUUUAUUAAUUAUUUUAUUGUAGGAUUUGAAGCUAAUCUUGUAAAAUUCUUAAUUACUAAUCUAACAAUGAUAUUAUUGGCUUGGCACGGAAGUUCUUAUGGAUUCUUAGUUUCUAUACUUAUUCCUAAAUAUGAAGUUGCUAUAGCAUUAAUUUCUCUUAUAGUUGUACCUUUAUCACUUCUUUCAGGAAUUUUUGAAAGCGAAUAGUCUUUCCCUAUAUAUUGGAGAGUUAUUUCUUAUUUUUCUUUAUUUAAAUAUGGAUAUUAAGCUAUGUGUAUUGUAAAUAUUUUUUAUUUUUUUAUAUUUAUAUUUUUUUUUUUUUAAUAAAUAGAAUUUUCUAAAUGA